CCACAACUCUCGCGAUACUUUCGCGAGGGCUAAGGGCGAAACACGUGAGCUAUGAAGCCGAGCAGAAAAGCCCCGAGCAAAGAAAAUCGAGCAGAUUUUUUAAAACAAUUUCAAUCGUGUUUUUUCUCGACGAGUCGUCCGGCUUUAUUUCCUUGGAAUUUGUUAGAAAAGGACCUGGAAAGCAGCAAAUCCUCACAGUUAAUCUUAGAUGUCCUCAACCAGACUUGCCUUCACCCCCAUUGCAAGAAGUUCCCGCCAUCAGCACGAUACAGGAAGUAUUUUCUCGGCGAGCUGAUCAGGCGGGUGGAGGCUGCAGACUGCGAGCCGCUGGACCAGCUCUACGACGCCCUGGGUGAGGUGCUGUCGGCCCAGGAAGGAGCCGAAGGAUACCGAACUUUCUUACUGCCGUGUGGCGGCACCGUCAGCUUGUUGGAGAACCGGGCGCUGAUCUCAGAGGGGACGACCGGGUUGGUGACCUGGGACGCCGCCCUCUACCUGGCCGAGUGGGCCUUGGACCACCCGCAGACCUUCGCUGGCAGGAAGGUUCUGGAGCUGGGCAGCGGCCUGGGCUUCACGGGCGUCACCGUGUGUCGCUCCUGCGGCCCGUCCAAGUACGUCUUCAGCGACGGUCACGGCAGCGUCCUGCGGAGACUGGAGGACAACGUGCGGCUCAACAGACUCUUCCAGGAGGAGACGCCGCCUGAGGUCAGCGUGGAGGAGCUGGACUGGUCGAACGUGACGGAGGAGCACUUGGACGCCAUCGACGCAGACGUGGUCAUCGCUGCAGACGUGGUGUACGAUCCAGACAUCGUACCGGUUCUGGUCCAGCUGCUGUCCAGAAUCCUGAGGAGGAAGUGUGGGCGUGUCCUUCCUGACGUCUUCAUCUGCUCCACGGUGAGGAACCGGCAGACGUACGAAGGCUUCACAAAGCAGCUUGGUGACGCAGGGAUCGGCCAUCGUGUGAUCGGUGAAGCUGUCAGUCACGUGUUUGAGUACGAGCCAGCGUCAGAAUUAGAGCUGAUUAAAUUGUACCUGCGACAAUAAAAGUGCUUUUAUUUACAAAUAAAGUUUGAUGGAAUGUUCAUAAUGAGCUAAGAA